CGAAAGAGGUUGCUGCUGGCGAGGUCGGCGAGGAUGGGGCCGCCGCCGCGCCGGCGCCACCGCGACGGCCACAACAACGGCACCGACGAGCGCGCGCCCCUGGACGGCGGGUGGCUUGGGAGAACGGCGCCGCGUCCACGCGGGAGGGAUACGUGGUGGUGAUGAGGGCAGCGGCGGCGGCCGCUGGAGCAAGCGCGGCGGCGGCCGGACGAAUCCGAACUAGGCGGCGAUGGUGCCCUCCACCCUUCACCUCGGAUUCGGAGGAGGCCCCCUGUGUGUGGGGAAGCUGCGGGAGCGGCUGGGACACUCUACGCUACUGGAUGAGUUCUCCGCGCUCCCGAGGGUCAUUGGGGAAUGAGUGAGCAGAAUGGCAGUUACCAUUGAUGUGAACGCAUGGAGCGACGCUGGUCAUGCUGUGAAUCAACUUUACGAUAUGCUAUACAUGAUGGGCCGUGAUGACAUCUUAGUUGGCGUUGGUGGUGAUGGUGGUAUAUCAGUUCAUGGCACCAUACACCCAAAUGUUGGUGGUUAUUUGCCUCUGAUCGAUCAGGGCAUGGCAACCUUUGGGCCAUGCCGAUAUAGGCAGGCUAUUCCACUUGAAGGCGGUGGGCGCUUGGACGUUGAUACAAACUUUGGCAUAAGAAAAGGCUUCCUUCCACAGGGGAACAGAAGAUACAGACCACUUCAGCAGUCUACAGCACAGCAAGUGUUGAUCGAUACAAUAUCAGCAGGCCCUACAACCAUCAUGCUAAUAGGAUCACAUACAAACUUCGCCAUUUUCCUUAUGACACAUCCACACCUGAAAAGAAACGUGGAGCACAUAUACAUUAUGGGUGGUGGAGUGAGAUCAAAAAAUCCUACAGGUUGCUGCCCCAAAAAUUCUAGCACAUCUUGCACGCCGGAGCAAUGUGGUGACCAUGGUAACUUGUUUACUAGCUACAAAACCAAUCCAAAUGCAGAAUUCAACAUGUUUGCAGACCCUUUUGCUGCAUAUCAGGUGUUCCAUUCUGGCAUUCCCAUCACCCUUAUCCCUCUUGAUGCAACUAAUACAAUUCCUAUCAGCGAGGAGUUCUUUCAUGUAUUCCAACAACAGCAAAGUACAUAUGAAGCACAAUAUUGUUUCAAGUCUUUAAAAAUGGCUCGAGACACAUGGUUCAAUGAUGAAUUCUAUACGAGCUACUUUAUGUGGGAUUCCUUUACUUCUGGUGUAGCUAUAUCCAGCAUGCGCAACAACAAUGAUUGCGAAUCUGUAAAUGAUUUUGCUGAGCUUAAAUAUAUGAACAUAACAGUAAUAACAUCAAAUAGACCAUACGGAAUACAUGAUGGUUCAAACCCAUCGUUCGAUGAUCAUGCCAUUCCCAAGUUUGGUCUUCAAAAGGGUGGAGUUCAUAGUGGUCAUGUUCAGACUGGAAUUACAGAUAGCUUCUGCCUUGCAAAGGAGAGUAAGAAAGGAAUAUGUGAGGACGGAUAUACUAAGGAAGUCUCUGGUCCAGAGGCAGUCCAUGUUUGUGUUGCGACAAUGGCUAAACAAAACGUGGAUAAAAAUAGCGUGUUAAAUAGGGAAUUUUUUAAGAGCUUCCUCGGGACCCUAAAUCUCCCUGAGAACACUGGUCUCUUCAACAUAACGACCCAGUUUCCAUUUUACAGAGAGGUUUUAUACAGUCCAGACUUCACAAACAAAAGUAGGGGGAAACCAGUCAUUUUUGACAUGGACAUGAGUCCUGGCGAUUUUAUUUCCCUCAUAUACCUUUUGAAGACACCUACAGAAUUAAUAGAUUUAAAGGGGAUUUUAGUCAGUGGCAAUGGUUGGGCCAAUGUCGCAAGUAUUGAUAUCGUUUACGACAUUCUACAUAUGAUGGGACGUGAUGACAUUCCUGUUGGUCGUGGUAAUACUUCUGCAUUAGGUGCUCCAAGUCUUGGCUGCAAGUAUGUCAGUGCUAUUCCCCAAGGUAGCAGUGGACUUCUUGAUUCUGACACACUCUAUGGACUAGCUCGUUUGCUGCCAAGAAGUCCUAGAAGGUACACUGCUGAAAAUUCAGUAAAAUAUGGUGCUCCUAGAGAUACUGACCAUCCAGAAUUCCGACAGCCAUUGGCUUUUGAAGUUUGGCAGUUUGUUAAACAGCAACUUGAUCCGAAUGAGAAGAUCACCAUUCUUACCAAUGGACCUCUUACAAAUUUGGCCAACAUUCUGCUAUCUGACAGGAAUGCAAGUACUGUAAUUAAGAGUGUUUAUGUUGUUGGAGGUCAUAUCAGAGAUGACAGUAAUACGAAGGGAAAUGUGUUCUCUGUUCCAUCGAAUACUUAUGCAGAGUUUAAUAUAUUUCUUGAUCCCCUAGCUGCCAAAACAGUACUAGAUUCAACUUUGGAUAUCACACUAAUUCCUCUUAGAGCUCAAAGAAAAGCUGCUUCCUUUCCUGCGCUUCUUGAAGCUCUGAAGCAUGCUAAGACUCCAGAAUCACGUUUUGUCCAUCACUUGUUAACGGUGCUGCAUGACCUUCAACGAAAGCACCAGCUGUAUCACCAUAUGGAUAUAUUUCUGGGAGAACUCCUUGGUGCUGUUUGUUUGGUGGAAGGAUCUAAUAUCGAACAGUCAAUACAACUGAAACCAGUAAGUAUUGUUGCAAACAGUACUACAGGAGUUGAUGGACAGACUGUAGUUGACUAUCAGAAGGCAAAUUUGGUAAAGGUAUUACUCAAUUUCAAUAGUGAAGAAUAUUACAAUCGGGUGGCCAAUUCUUUGGGCAACAAGGAACGGUCUGCCGUUAUUAGUGGUUUUGCAGAACAGAGGGCAAUCUGGAGCAACCCACCUGAGAAUGUGGGAGUAUGAAGAUAAUGAUUACCUUUGUAUGGUAGUACUGUUUGAAACAAAAUGGCAGUUCACUUUUCUUGCUAGGUUAGAUUCCUAGCUUAUCAGAAGAGCAUACCAUAUUAUGUUUCUUCGUUCUUAGCAUAACAAUAAAAAUCCAGAGUUUGCACAUGUAAACAUGCUUGUGCAAUAGAAUUAUCUUCACAUGAUGUGUCUCAUUUUAUUUGGUAGCACAGAGCACUUGUAAGAACCUUUGAUUCUUUUUUUGUUUGACAACCAUCAUGUCCUCAGCAGAAUCAUAUUAGGUUUAUUUGAUGGUGAAUACAUUAUACAUGUCCAUUCCACUUGCCCAUCAGGUUCCUAUGCUACUG